CAGAGUACAUUUUGCAAAUAGCGAGGCUGGUGUCGUAUAGGUUUGUGAUUUGAGCUUAGUUAACAGACGCGCGUGUUUCUAACAUCUGAAAGAUAACCGGUAUUAAUUGUUUUUUGUUCUUGUGUAAUCAAGGUGAAGCAGAAGUUUUGUGAAGUGUUCAAUCAAGCAGAAAAGUGAACUCACGCAAUAAAGAACGAAUGCAAUAAUACGCAGUAAUCAGUGCAGCAAUUCCUCGUACUGUACGUGCAACGAAUGAGGUGGAGAAUGCGUUUCCUUCCGCAGCUACUGCUGCUGCUAUCGACGACGGCGUUACUGCUGACGGUGGUCCAUUCCGAGGAGCAACCGAAUCCUACCGCCGAUGGAGAUUCCGUUUCUAAGGCCACCGGGCAAACCGAAGGAACCGACGAUGGAGUGCAGAACCUGUUGACCACCGGGCUUCGCUUGGAGCACGAGCUCGUCAAAGAGCAGGCUGAUGCUCCCUCGACAGUAAACGGAAGUAAUGAAGGAGGCAUCGUAGCCAUACACAAAGAUGCGCUUGGUGGAAAGGAGCAGCUGCGACCAACGUUCCAUGGUCUGUCCUAUCUUGCCUCGAAAUUUCUGCCACAGGAGUAUAAAUUCAUUGAGAUUCUCUCGGCCAUACGUGAGGUGGUGGCGGGCGUGCGAUUCGAACUAGUCGUCAGCGCCCAAGACGAAACUACCUCUCAGAACUACAUCUGCCGGUUAGUGAUCCUUGAAAAGCCCUGGAUCACGACAGAGUACGGUGAGAAGUAUCGCUCGUUAGAAUAUUCGAACUGUAGCUCAUCUUCUGGGGCGAAUAAUGGCGCAGACGGUGCGCUACCGUACGUAGAGGAAACUGUCACCCGGUUGAACCCGAUUUUCGAUGCGAACCUACGACAGGCUGGCGAGCCAACCCCAGAGCGAUUGGAAGAACUGGAAGGACAGAUAAUCAUCGAAAAAGUAGAAGUACUGGAAAUUACGUCCACAGUGUCCCCAGUGAGCGAUGGUGCCCAAGAAGCUACGGGCUCGAGUGGAUCGUCAGCUAGCAGCACCACUGAAAGCGAAGAAUUAAGUGAUGCCGCAAAGAGUGCCAUCGAUGAGUUGUUCAGCAUCGCGAGCGCUCCCCUGCAGAAUAAACCACCAAGCAGUCGUUUGUCGCAACAGGAUAAUUCCCAUAGAGCGGAAGUGAUCGAGGAAACGAUCGUACCGAUACGGGCUGUAUCUAAUCAAGCAGGACUUUCGGAAACGACAACACCAUCCGUUACAACAACGACUAUGACGGCUACAACGCUACCGCCUUUGGAUCAGCAGGUGCAGUCGACGUUUGAAGAGGUGUUUAAAACGCAUCAGGAAAUUCAGAAAGCGCUCGAUGAGGUUAUUGCCAAUGGAGGUGGUCGGGAUGUGCAGCUUAAGUACCGGCCGGUGUUUGAUUCGCUGUUACAAAAGGUGAAAGCCAGCAUCGAUAGCUACUACCGCUUGACGAACGGAGGCGAUGCGAACGUUGAUACGGCUGCUUUCGUUGUACGAGACAACACAAAUGUAAUGCCAAGCCGUAUUAUGAAUCCGACGCGUCCUGUCGCAUCGAGUUACCGGCAUGACGAACAAUCUUCACAAGAAAGCGACGAAACACAACAGAGACAACCACUGCUGCUGACCGUAGAUCUGCAGCCACCCAAAACCGACACUCCAACGGUCACAAUAAGCGGCAGUGGUGAUUCGGAUGAAGAGGAAAACGAUCAGCAAAUCCUUACCAAGGAGCAGCUCGCCUUGGAACUUAACGGAGAAGAAGGGCUUCAACGUGUCAAGAAACAUGCCACCUCUUUCGAGCGGGUGUUCCGAACUCGAAACAAGCGCGAAAAUGCUCCGGAAGAACCUGAAAAGAAUCCAGCCUUAAAUACGAUGGCAAAUGAUGAAGAUGGCUCCACGUUGGACACCACCGUCUCCACCGUUGAUAUUGACUCAAACGUUUCCCCAACCACUGCCAAAGUGAUCAUGGACUCCACUACAGCGAAAACCGUUCCUGCGACGGGAGGUGACACGUCUUCUUCAUCGACGGAGAGCGAUGAAGCAAGGAUCCUCAUGCCAGCGACAAAAAAAAAGCAAAAGGAUCGCAGCACUUCGGAGGCCGACGAAGACGAGAACAAAGACGAGAAGCUUUCUAAGGUGGAGCUCACCAAACAGCUUAAUGCGGACGAGGGUCUGCCACGAAAUAAGCGAGACUUUUCCAGUGGAUAUUUCGGUGGCCAUUCAGGUGGCUUUGGAGGAUGGUCGCACAGCGGCGGUGGUUAUUAUGGUGGCGGGUACUAUGGCGGUGGUUAUUACAAUCCGUACUAUAAUCCAUACUAUCCGCGGCCUCCGUACUACUAUGGCCAUUACCGUGGAAAACGUAGCGUUGCCAUGGACGAUGUUCCUGUAGAAGUACAAGAAAAGCACGCUGACAACGCUCGAGAUGAUAUAGAACUGUCUGAAGCUAGCAAACAAUCCAACCCACAUGCACCAAUAAUCGAGCGUGUAACGAUGGCUUUCGGGGAUUCAGACGAAGAUGACGGAACAGUGCCCACGAUACUGACGAAAGAUGAGCUCACGAAACAAUUGAAUGCCGACGACGGAUACCGACGUGAAAAACGGGGAUUUUCGUCCACUCACCAUCUUUCAUCAUCGUACAAUAACAGGGGAAAGCGAAAUUCCAAUCUGUCUCCCGAGAUAAACGCAAUUAAUCUGGAAGUUGCCGAGCAAGAAGCGCAGAUGAAGAUCAUCGCUUCCGAAGCAAUUAAGCGGUUAGAUCAAAUGGAUUCGGAUCUCUAUCAGCGGAUAUUACUGGAAGUACUUGAUGCACGGAAGGUGGCUCAACGGUCCGAUCAGACCCGUACCACCUAUGUGCUGCGUGUGCUGACGGCUAACUCGCACUGCGCGGAAGAGGAGAGCAAACAUGCGGUGGCAUGCCGAGGGUUACUUAUGGCAGACACUACCAAACAGUGUACCCUUGAGGUACAUGUAUUUAAAGCAAAUGUAAAUGAUUCCGAACAGGUGCAACUAACCAAAUCUAAAUGUCAAAAACAGCGUUCCAACUAUUUAGGUGGUGGACUUGUUGGUGGAGCAACUCCCGUCGAUCUUACCGAUCCGGAGCACGAUGAACGUAUCCGUUUGGGACUGGUCGGUUACGAGAACGGUAAGCAUAGCAACUUCGAGAUUAUUUACGGUACCGUACAGGUCGUCGCCGGUACCAUCCACCGUUACAAAAUCGCUUUGAAGGAUGCCGGCGAGCAGGAUUAUAGUACGUGCGAUGUGAAGGUGUUCACACCACUUCCAUCUGCUCCCAACGGAGACAAGCCGGAAUAUGACUUUGACUGCCAAGACGAUAAGAAAGCAGAUAGCCGUCGUCGUAGGAGACGUGACGUGCCUACCGCACCACCGAAAAAGCUCAACAAGGUCCCUAAAUCCGGUGGGGUGCAGGAGCUGACACCGGAGGAGUUCGCAAAGGCAGAGCAUCAGGAUCGCGUUCGAACUGGCUUACAAAAGCAGGCCGCACUCGUCGAUGGAAGCGGACAAGAGCGUAAGGUGAAGAUCGUUGGGGCAACCAUGCAGCUGGUUGCCGGUAGAUCGUUCACUUAUCGCUUGACAUUCCCGGACGAUGAAUCGAAACGCGUCUGCAAACUCACUGUCUGGGAGAAGCCUUGGUUAAAGGAAAAGGCUCCGGAGGAAGCCUUUAAGGCUUCGCUCGAAUGUCCGGACAGCAUGAAACGAACAAAGCGUGACUCGUGUUUCGGUUGUGCCGACACGUUGCCAACGGAAGAAUAUGGCAAAACUGAGCAUCAGGAGCGAAUCAACAAGAUUCUAUCGUUCCAUGGGGUAACACGUGGAAGUUCGUUCAAGGUCCUUAACGCAACCAGCCAGGUAGUAGCCGGCAUGAAAUUUGUCUACUAUAUUCAGCACGACAACACAAUCUGCAAAUUGUCAUCCUGGGAACGCGUCUGGUUGGCCAAAUCGCAGCCCAAAGAUGCCUACAUUUAUUCGUACGAUUGCGAGAAGGAAACAGCUGCCUCUAAGGCACGCAGUCGUCGCUCGGUUUCAGGUGGCUCCCGUUCUCUGACGCAGGAGGAGUUAACCGAUAAUGAACAUAUCCAGCGAGUCGAUAAAAUUUUGGUGUCUAAUGGUGGACCCAAAGGAUCCCCCAAUGCUCGGAUCGUUAGCGGUACCGUGCAGGUAGUGUCUGGUAAGAUAUACAAGUAUGCUGUCGAAUUCGACGUUGAUGGAGGCAGUAAGUUGUGCAAACUGUCCUCCUGGGAGCGCCCCUGGCUGGAGGAGAAAAAUCCAACGGAUGCAUACAAAUACACCGUUUCCUGCCCUGAUGCGACAGAAACACAUCAUCAACGGCGCCAACGCCGUCAUGCUAAAAAGACUGGUGGGUCAAACGAUCUGACUGCUAAAGAGCUGAAAGAUCGAUCGCACGUGGAGCGAAUUGCAGCCGGAAUGGUGUUGUAUAACUCGGAACGAUCAAAGGCAUACAAUGAUUUUGAAAUUUUGGCCGGUUCCACGCAGCAAGUCGCUGGAUCACUGUAUAAGUACACAUUCCGUGUAACGACGGAGCCAGAUAUUGUGUGCAAAAUUUCCAUCUGGGAACGUGUAUGGUUGGAGUCGCAGGAUCAGCGCAAAUACAACGUGAAAUGCACGGGAGAUGACGACACAGAACAGCAACCGGAAAUCAAACCUCAACCAUCGCAGGAAUCUUCCUCGCCAGCAACUACGACGCCGCAACGUCGCUCCGUUCGAUCGCUCAAGAUUGAUGACGAGGAGCACGUGAAACAUCAGUUUGAGAAGUUCAAGCAGCACCACCGCCGUCGAUACGCGAACUCUAUGGAGCACGAAAUGCGGUUUAACAUCUUCCGCAAUAACCUGUUCAAGAUCGAUCAGUUGAACAAGUUCGAACGCGGUACAGCAAAGUACGGCAUCACGAAGUUUGCCGAUAUGACUGUGUCUGAGUAUCGACUGCAUACGGGCUUGAUUGUGCCAAAUCGCGAAGAAAAUAAUCACAUUCACAAUCCGAUCGCGACGCAGGAUGACGUUGCCGAUGUGGGUGAUAUGCCGAGAUCGUUUGAUUGGCGUGAUCAGGGUGCUGUGACGGAAGUCAAGAAUCAGGGAAGCUGUGGAUCCUGUUGGGCUUUUAGUGCAGUCGGCAACAUCGAGGGAUUACACAAGAUCAAGACAAACAAACUAGAAUCGUACUCUGAGCAAGAACUAAUUGAUUGCGACAAAGUAGACAACGGUUGCGGCGGUGGAUACAUGGAUGAUGCCUUCAAGGCCAUCGAACAACUGGGUGGUCUAGAACUGGAAACCGACUACCCGUACCGUGCGAAAAAUCAGAAAACGUGUCAAUUUAACAAGACACUCAGCCACGUACAAGUGAAGGGCGCUGUCGACAUGCCAAAGAACGAAACGUUUAUGGCACAGUAUCUGAUCAAGAACGGUCCAAUUGCUGUCGGUCUAAACGCGAAUGCCAUGCAGUUCUAUCGAGGUGGAAUAUCUCAUCCGUGGCAUAUGCUCUGCAACAGAAAGUCGAUCGAUCACGGUGUGCUGCUCGUAGGUUACGGCAUAAAGGAAUACCCCUUGUUCAACAAAACUCUACCAUAUUGGGUCAUCAAGAACUCUUGGGGGCCUUCAUGGGGAGAGCAGGGCUAUUAUCGUAUAUACCGUGGCGACAACUCUUGCGGUGUUAGCGAGAUGGCAUCGUCGGCAAUUCUAGCAUAAGAUCGUACGGCACAAUCUAAUUUACUAUUUUUUAAUCAUUUUUUUAUGACGCAUAUAUACCAUAUUUUACAAUACUCCCGUUUUUUCAGAAGAUCAAAUAAAAUGUGUGAUUGAAAGUGUUUUCUUCACUCUUCUUUUGCUACUGGCGAAUAGAAUAUGAACUUCCACAAAAAUUGAACAUACGGUUCACUACUAACAUGUGUACAGACUUAUACAAGAUACAUAACCACGUGGUU